AUGACCACAUCGAAAUCUUCAAAGUCUUCCUCCCACUUCGACGACGGCCAGGUCCCUUGUCACGAGCAAACGAACACCCGCGCCCCGAUCGUCCUCUCAGUCGAAUCUCCGGUCUACUCUCCAUACGUCAAACCCAAGAAGCACAAGCUUGACAGUACUCACGGAUCCCAUCCAUCCAACAUCGCCCCGGCGUCGCUCGAGCAACAAGACCCGACAUUUCUGCCCAAGCCUCGUAGAGGAAGCUGGCAGUCGACUCAGCGAAAAUCCCUUGCGGAACUCGAGCACGAAUGCGAUGAAGAUGAGGACGAUGACAUUCCGGAUGGCCUCGUCCUCGACAAUGUUCCAAUUUCGCCUCGGCCGCAGCACGAAAGGCCUCCUAGUAGGCAGCCUUCCCUAUCUCCAUCGCCUGAUCGAGGACAACAACCCAAGGAGCGUGUGCGGAGCGUGGGCAAUGGCACACCGGCUGUCGCUCAGGCACAAGGCUCACUGAAGUCGCCCAAAUGGAAAGAGGAGGCGGCGCAGGUAGACAGGUCGCCCAACCGCCCAGCCCAGACCCGCGCGCAUUCGUGGAACGCUGCUCUGGCCCACUUGAAUGCGGAAGCAAAGGCACUGACAGAAAAAUUGGAAGAGCAUGCUGAUGAGGAAGAGGAGCGUGCGCGCAGACCGUCAGCAUCAGGUCGUCCGAACACAUGGGACUCGAUGCAGCGCUCGCACCAGUAUGCCUACGACAAGAAAGAACGUGUCAAGUCGACCCCCGAGCUCCCACCGCUAAGACGUACCAACGUCAUGAUCGACCCUCUGCCUGUGUCCAAGGAGAAGGAAGCAGUGCUCAGCAGGACAAGGCCGUCAUGGCUGCCACCCAAAGACCCGGCGGAGGAGCGCCGUCACAUUCGAGAGUACCAAAAGAUGAUGGCUGCAAGUGCCAAGGCUGAUGAGCGCCGCGAAGCUGCGCGCCGGUCAAGAACCGAGGCCCGGGAAACAACGCUGGAUGGCGCCAUGCAUGCUUGGGAACACGAGGUCAUUCCCAACUGGAAUCAGGCGAUUCGCGAACGGAGGACUAGAGAUAUGUGGUGGAAAGGCGUGCCGCCCCGCAGCCGCGGCAUCAUUUGGUUGCAAGCUAUCGGCAACGAUCUCGGCUUAUCUGAGACUUCCUUUGACGCAGCAUUGCAGCGAGCACAUGAGCUUGAGUCCAGGGUCAAGCAGGACAAGGGCAGUGCAGAAGAUCAUCGCAAGGCACAAUGGUUCACCCAGAUCCGACAGGACGCUGCCCACGACACUUGGCAAGGUCUUCACAUCUUUGAUGUAGAAGGACCCUUGCACGGCAGUCUGGUGGAUGUCUUGAUGGCAUAUGCAAUGUACCGCAACGACAUUGGUUAUGUGCAUGGUUGUAAUACUGUCGCUGCUUUGCUUUUGCUCAACUUGACGAGCCCCGCAGCUGUCUUUGUCGCCCUCGCCAACAUUCUCAACAGGCCUCUACCUCUCUCGUUCUGUACCUCCGACUACGGGGCACAAGCAUCAGCGUACAAUUACGUGCUCCAGGGUUUGAGUCAAAAGUCGCCGACGUUGCACGAGCAUCUUGUGAAAGUGAUUGAGGACGCUGACCCUGGAGUCUAUCUGCAACAAGUGUUCACGAGUAUCUUCACUGCGCAAUUGUCAGUCGACACCGCAGCGCGUCUUUGGGACAUAUAUGUUUUCGAGGGCGACAGCCUUCUUGUCCGCGCAGCGGUUGCUCUCCUGCUCGAGAAUGAAAUGACUCUUCUGGGGGUGCGGACUGGCCCUGAGGUCAAGUUGACAAUUUCGAAAUCACUGAAUCCAGAGCUUAAGGAUGAGCUGCCUACUUUGUCUGCUUCUGGGGCGGAAGACAAGUUCAUCGCCGCCGUGAAGGCAGCCGGACGGUCAUGA